AUGCAGAGGACUGGCCCCGUCACCAUGGCAACGACACUGCGGAUUAUAAUUACUUCAUUUCAAUUACCUCCAAUAAAAGGCAGUGGGAAUUUAAAUUACAAUCUCUGGGCCUCAGGAGUGGUUCUUGACAGUGACUCCAUCAUGAUGAACAACGUGGCCGACUGGCUGGUCCAGAACAGGGAUAAGAUCGAGAAGGGCGUGGAGAUCAUGGGGCAGGCCUCUGAGGUGCUGGCGGCCACAGUGGGACAGCUGCACCCUGUCCUGGAGGCCGUCUUCAUGGCCUCCUCAGAGAUCUUCAGUAACCCUGAUGGGCAGGAGGCGCGCUUCCUCACCCAGCAGCUGGAGCAGGUCAACAGCAAACUGGAGGGCAUCCAGAACGAGAUCGACCAGAUUGCGCUGGAGCUGCAGCGCACCUCCAUGAACAAGCAGAACUUUGACCGCGAGGCGCAGAUGCUGAGUCAGUACGAGAAGUUCCAGGACUUUGUGAACGCCAAGCCCAAGUUCAAGGAGAAGAAGAUGCAGAAGUUCAUCAGCCACUUUGAGAACACGGACGGCGACCUCAACCUGGACUCGCUCUACAACUCUCUGACGGGCGAGAACAUGUCCGGGGACCCCAUGUUGGAGACCGUAGUGACCACCGAGCGCCGCAACCGCCGGGCCGUGGAGGACUUCUGCGCACGCCUCAAGAAGCUGUUCGUGGUAGGCAUCAUUGCGGUCAUGGGCCACGCCGCGCUUACAGAGAAGGCGGUAGGCGAGGAGAUGGUUGAGAAGUGGCAAACGCGCAUGGCGGACGUGGAGACGCGCAUGAAGGCAGCAGUGGAGGAGUGUACGCAGAACUUUGCGGUGCAGGCCCAGAGCGACGUGGAGCUACAGCUGCAGGAAAACCCGGGCGCCGCCACCGCAGAGUUCACUGCCGCUCUGCUGGACACGCUGGUGAAGAAGUACGACUGGGUGUGCUGGUCCGUGCGCGUCUUCAACAACCGCGAACGCAUCUUUUUCUUCAACUGGCUCGCGGGGAAGAAGUGCCACGGGAGCGGGGGCGCUAACUGGUUUGACUUUCUCACCAAGACCAACGUGAAGGUGGUGGUGUCCUUCAGCGUGGAUCCCAAGCCCAUAGACAAGAAGCAGAUCGCGGAGCAGAUCGAGCGGCAGAAGUUGCGCGGGAACAUGAUGCAGGUGGCGCUGAGUUUGAACAAGAGCUUCCCAAACUGCCUGGUGCACGCGGUCAGCCACUACAAGGAGGUGAUAGAGACCAACAGCUUCCAGCCUGAGUGCUACUACUACGGCAAGCACAAGCGAGCGUACGUCUGCGUGCACCAGGAGUAG